AUGAAUUGCUGUAAUUCUGAUAACAUUCCUAAUGAAGGACAAUUAGAUUUCAAUGAUUCUAAUGUCAGACUUGUUAAUACUAUUGCUGAUCGUUCUAGAGCACAUGAAGUCUCUUCUAGAGUUGAUAGGCAAUGGGUUGCUGUAACAACAUAUCAACCAGUAGAUACAAUAACAAAAACGAUAGAAAUCCCAGUAAUAAAGACAGUAGAACGUGUAGUAGCGAAACCAGUAAUAAAAGAACGUGUAAUUCAUGUACCACGUGAAGUAACACAAAUAGUAGAAAAAGUAGUAGAAGUACCAGAUGUUAAAUAUGUAGAUAAGAUAGUAGAAGUACCACAGAUCCAAUAUAGAAAUAAAUUAGUACCAAAAGUAGAAAUUGUAGAGAAAGUCGUUGAGCGUCCACAAAUUAUUGAACAAUGGGUCGAACGUAGAGUUGAAAUACCACAAGUUAAAGAAGUGGUACGUUAUAAAGAAAUUGAAGAAACUGAAGAAGUUAUUAAAUAUUAUCCUAAAGGACAUGGAAAAGAUAUUGAUUGGGAUAAAGAAUGUGAAAAACAUCAUAUCAAUGCACCCAAAUCUGCACGAUUACUUACACCUGAUGAAACACCUAAUGCAUGUUGCUAA